CAGGGUGUGUCCAAAUUUUCAAGAAAUGGCCGCAAAACAAGCAGAUCUAAUUGACGUUGCAGCAGAAUUAGUAAAAUAUCAACAAAGUUCAAUAAAAAAAAAAAAAGACGAUUUACAAGUCUUUACUAAAGCAAUCACAGAUAUCGCUUUAUCAUUUACUGCUUUUAAAAUAUUUUGGGAUGAGCAAAGAGAAACACUUUCCAGGAUUUUUAAAAAUUUGAAUACUGCAAGUAAAGACAAUAGAGUCAACAAACUUAAGGUUAAACUUAUCG